AUGGAACUGGAAAAGAACAGCAGCGUUAAAAGCAAACCGGAGCUCUUCGUUCAGACCUCCCAUCUUCUCUCCUAUUCUGAGAAAGUUGAGCACACUGUCAUCAGAGACCUUGCAGCAGAAGUUAACUGCUCUGGUUUUGGCCAGGCAUGUUCUGUAAACGUCUCAGAAUUAAAGUUGUCAGAGGAAAGUUUACCUUAUCUAGCAUCAUCUUUAGAUGAAGAUCUUGAAAUGUAUAAUGAAGAGAGAGCAACGAUUUGCUGUGCAUGUGGAUAUGAAAGGGAGAAAGAGGCUGAUAUGCCAGGAAGGGCAUGCAACGAUAAGCAUUUUGUUUGCAGGGUUGGUGAUGGUUACAGACAAAGUGAUUUAAGUGAGGAUUCACAGCUGGAGUAUGUCAGUAGUGACGAGCAAGAUUAUUAUGAUAGGAAUAGCUCAAGCGAGUUUUGUAAGCAAAUGAAAACUGUAGGAAUUGAAACUUUACAGUUAGUAGAUCCAGUUCAUGAAGUUCCAGGAAACGGGAUUAGAAAGGAGCAGGAUCUUGUUAACAUACUGGAAGGUUGUUCUACCUCUGUUGACAAAUCUGGUGGCAACGUGAGGUAUCUGAAGCCAGAACUAGAGCGGCUUGCAAGCUUGGAUAGUGUUACCAGUGACUCUAAAGUUACCGUUAACCAGACUGUUGAUGCAAGUUCAGAUUUUAGAGCUUGCUUUACAACCAGCAGAGCUACCAAUGCCCAGGUUUGUCUGGUCUCCAGGGCUGUUAACACAGAUAUAACAAUGAUGAACAAAUCCAGACCCGUGGAGUGGCGCCGUGAAGUCUGUGCAGAUGUUGCUUGCAAUACUGACUGGUCUUGGGUAUCUGAUAGUACAGAAGAAACUUGGCCACAGUUUGCUGACAUAUUGGGAAAACAUUUAGAUGGCAAUACUGCAGCAGCUGAGACUUCACAAAUUCAGGAUCCAUGGGAAUCACGAAAUGAGCCGUGUAGCACUGCCAGGCCUCUACACCUUGAGAAGCAAUCUUUGAAGGACUCGAUCUGCUGCAGAAAAUUACUGUGGAGAGCUGUUCAAGCAGAGUUGCAGGUUCUAAAUAUGCAUUAUCAGAUGUGUUGCCAUCACUGCUAUGAGAUUAACAAACUGAUGUCGGAGGAAGAAAAAGGUUUUUAUAGAUGUAUUAAAAAUGGUUUAGCUGACACAGAAUUAAAUGCAUCUCUCCUGUCGGUUUUGGAAGAGCUAAAAAAGAGCUACGAGACUAUGAAAAAGAAAAUAGAAAUGGGAGUACCAUUAAGUGCACUUCCCUCUCUAUCAGUUGAGACAAGAUUGUUCACACUCUUUUCUUCUUAUGUACCAGGCAAGGACAAUCCUCAGACAGUACAUUUAACUAGUGGCACUCAGCCCAGACACUCUACUACUUCCAAGACAUUUGAAGACUACCAUAAAGAUCAGGAUGUUGAAUAUGAGUGUAGAAAAAAUGAAGAAAUGAAUGAAUAUUGGUUUGAUGCUAAAGAGAACUUGGCAGCAACUGAUUUUUCAGCGACAUUUGAUGAAAAACAACAAGAAAAACAAGACACAGAUAGUCCAAGAGAAAUGAAGAUAAUGGAGAAUGCCGGUGAGGUUUUUUUUAUUCUUGUUGGAGGCUUAAAUUCUUCGGUGUCAGAGGGUGAUUUAAGAUCAUAUUUCCAGAAAUACGAAGUUAAUAACAUUCUUAUCUGUGUGGAUUCUUCUGACUACAGAUAUGCAUUUCUUUGCUUUAAAGACGCUAAUAAAGCCAAGUUAGCUGUAGAAGAAAUGAAUAGGAAAGAAAUCAAAGGAAAGACAGUAAGCGUUGAACUUGUAAAAAAUGCAUCGGGGAACAGAGCUUCAGUUUUUCAGAACCUUUUGACUAAGUUUUGGUAUGAAAUCCAAUCCAUUAACUCUCAAAAUAGUGUUCAAGAUAAAACAUUCACUUCAGCUUCCAACUCUGUGAAAGCACCAGCCACCACCUCUGCUUCUGAGAAGGUGCUGCUCCUUUCUACAACUUCUUCAAAAAUUACUCACUGUUCACCAGCCUCUUCAAAAACGAAGCAGCUUGAUGCGAAAUCAUCUACUGAAGGCUCAGAACAGUCUUUGGUUGGAGUAAAUCAAAAGAAGACUGAAGAGAAUUCUCUCCAGAAAACAUCUGCUCUUUAUUUCCCUGAUGCACUUGAUACCUUUAUUCCUCCUAAUACAUUGAACCUGAGCAGCUUUACCAAGUUAAUGAAGAAACUUCAAGAAAUUCAUCCAGAGACUAGCAGGGAGAAAAUUAUAGAUGCUCUGCUGCAGGUGAGAACAAACAAUAAAGGUAUUCUCAGUGGCUUGUCCAUAAACUCUAUUGUGAAAAGGACCUCUCUCAUUCUAAGAAAAUCCAUGCCCAAGAGUGGAGGGAAAAAGGAAUAA